AGGUUUUGAAAUCGUCUUCUCCUUCUUCUACUUCUUCUCCUAUCAGUUUCUAGGGAAUUUCGUUCUUUGAUUUUUAUAUCCCCUAUUCUUUACCAACUUUUUUAUAUCGAUAUCGAUUUUUAUCCUAUCGUUUUUCAAUUUAUACACGAAUUAGGUGUUUUGUGAAAUAUUAUUACUCAGCAAAUUGUAUCAUGGCGGGUGGAAAUUUUAUGCACAGAGUUGUUUCUUACCUCGUUAAUGAGGUUCUUGUUAACAGCCUUGCCAACAGCCCUGCAUUCCAAAGAUUUGCUGUGAGGACAUCAAGGAGAAUUGAAGACGUGUCAAGUUUGGCUCAAAAGAAAAGGCAAGAACUUGCUGAACAAAUGAAGGACCUAUCAAAGAACUUUGAGUCAAACAAGCAUUAAUGAAAUGGUGAUAUUAUUGGACUUCGAAAAGACAACACAUGUAAAUUGCUAUGUUUCCCUUUUCUAUGGAGAGCUGAAACCAGAAAGAAAGUUUUAUACAUUUUUUUUUCUUUUUUAUUUUAAAAAGAUGAGGGAUUUGCAGUUCAACGUUGUAUUAAAUGUUAUGUGCUGUUUUAUUUCUUACUAUGUAAUAAAUGAUGGAAAAACAUUGGGGUUUGAGGUUUGAUGGAGAAAUCCCUUAUUGGCAAAUCUAUGCGAUUGUUUCAUUCUCA